AUGGCUCUCCUGCCCUACUUCAUCACCAGUUUGUGGCGGCCGAAUACUGAACGACCCUCUCUGCGCCGCACCUCACCUCUGGAUGGGCUCCGCGGAGUCGCUGCGCUCUGCGUCGUCAACUACCAUAUCAUCUCGGCCUUUCACAAUUUCGUGAAUUACGGCUACGGGCUGACCCCGGAGGAGGCGCAUCGUGAACCGCAUUGCGCCCACAACAACGAGCCCAUUGAGCACAAUCUGCGCCUCCACCAGCUGCCCAUCAUUCGCCUGGUCUAUUCCGGAUCCGCCCCGGUCUGCAUCUUCUUUGUGCUCUCCGGGUUCGUGCUCUCCUACCGGUCCUGGCAGCUGGUGCGAGCGCGCAACUUGGAGGCGGUCUUCCCCAGUCUGAGCUCCUCGACCUUCCGCCGCGGGGUGCGCCUCUUCCUGCCCACCACCCUCGCCACGCUGAUCACGAUGAUCGUGAUCCAGACGGGGGCCUGGGAUUACCCGGCCACGGUGGCCAUGGAUCGAACCAUCAUCACCGCCGAAAACGAGUACCACCAACCCCGGCUGCGCACUUUUGGGGCGCAGACCGCCCACUGGGCCUCCAUGAUGUGGAACAUGACCAACGUCUUCGCCUGGGAAGAGAACUAUCCGGAGUACGACGUGCAUCUGUGGACGAUUCCCAUGGAAUUCCGCGCCUCGCUCCUGCUGUUCCUCAUCCUCCUGGUGGUGGUGCGGCUCCGCUACGUCUCCCGCGUGGCCAUCCUGCUCGGUCUGAUUGCCUACUGCUACGGACAUGUUCGGUGGGUGAUGGUCCUGUUUCUAGCCGGGAGUCUGCUGGCCGAAUCCUCCCUCCGCUGGGAUGCCGCCGCCGCCGGAGCCCCCGGAGCCCCCGAAGAGACCAUCCCACCCCCCGCCAAACCCCCCCGCAGUCCGUAUUCCACGGGGAGGGUAUGCCUCCGCUUCCUCCUCCGGACGGUGCUCGUCUUCAUCGCCUUGUAUUUUCUCUCUGCGCCGGACAAAUGCAUCCAUCGCACCCCGGGCUACCGGACGCUGGCCCGGGUCCUCCCUGCGUGGGACGUGCGCUUCUACCGCGUCUUCCCCUCGGUAGGCGCGAUUCUGCUGGUCGGGGUGGUCUCGCACAGUCCCAAGGGGAGUCGUCUCGCUCGCGUCUUGGACCUCCGGCUCGUGCAGUAUCUGGGGUGGAUCAGUUAUUCACUCUAUAUUGUGCAUGGGCCGUUGAUGCAUGGGGUGGGCUACCGACUGUUCCCGCUGAUGUGGCGGAUGACGGGCCACGAGGCGACGGGGGCGUAUCUGCUGGGAUUCUUUCUGGCGUGGUCGGGGUUGCUCUUCGUGGUGUUCUGGGUGGCCGAUCGGUUUGCCGUCGCGGUGGAUGACCAUUCUGUGCGGCUAGGACGGUGGUUGGAAGGGAAAUUGGUGGAGAAAUCCUAA